CAUAGCUUGCUCAUCCAAUAAGCUAUCUAUAUACUCCCAAAUACCAAUAGAGAUUACGGCCAUGGCGAUAGUGGGCUUGUCAAAUGCCGGCGACCGCCUGCCUGGCAAGAGAGCGGUCGGCGACGACGAUGAAGCUGCCGCAGCCGACUACCGCCUCAAAGGCGUGAGGCACCUCUCCGACACCGGCAUAACCAGGCUUCCAGGCAGGUACGUCCUGCCGGCCUCGGAUCGCCCCGGCCGGAGCGUCAGCGCGGGCACGAGGGUGAAGCUCCCCGUCGUGGACCUCGGGCGCCUCCGCGUGCCCUCAGAGCGAGCCGCCGUGUUGAAAACUCUCGAGGCCGCGUGCCGGGAGUUCGGCUUCUUCCAGGUGGUGAACCACGGCUUGGACGUUGAUGGGGCGGCCACCAGGAUGCUUGACGUGGCGGCGCGGUUCUUCGAGCUUCCCUUCCAGGAUCGCGCGCGGUACAUGUCGGCUGAUGUCCGCGCGCCCGUUCGGUACGGUACGAGCUUCAACCAGGCCAACGACGCCGUCCUCUGCUGGCGAGACUUCCUCAAGCUCUCCUGCGCGCCGCCGCUGCGGGACGUGGUGCCGUCGUGGCCCGACUCGCCGGCGGACCUCAGGGAGGUGGCGGCUGAGUACGCCUCGGCAAACCGGCGGGUGUUCGUUGAAGUUGUGGAGGCGGCGCUGGAGGCCAUGGGUGUCGGAGGGGGUGACGGCGUGAUGGAGGAGCUGGCCACGGCUGGUUCGCACAUGAUGACGGUGAACUGCUACCCGGCGUGCCCGCAGCCAGAGCUGACGCUGGGGAUGCCGCCGCACUCCGACUACGGCUUCCUGACGUUGGUACUCCAGGACGACGUGGAGGGCCUCCAGGUUAUGCACGGCGGCGAAUGGCUCACCGUCGACCCCGUCCCUGGUUCCUUCGUCGUCAACGUCGGCGACCACUUCGAGAUAUACAGCAACGGCCGGUAUAAGAGCGUGCUGCACCGGGUGGGCGUGAACUCGACGCGCCCCCGCAUCUCGGUUGCGUCGUUCCACAGCGUGGGGGCGGAGCGGGUGGUCGGGCCGGCGGCGGAGCUCCUCGACCAGGGCCGCGGCGGGCAACCACGGUGGUAUAUGGACACCGACUUCGCCACCUUCCUGGCUUACCUAGCCUCUGCCGAGGGCAAGCACAAGACCUUCCUGCAGUCAAGGAGUCUCGCCUUCGCCUGACGUCCACUUUUGAUGCCUCAACAUCGAUUUCAUUGACCUUUGCGUGCAUGCUGUAUUUCCUUAGGGAAUCAGGGUAAAAGCCAACACCCCAUACCACACCUGCUAGCUUGGCUUUGACUUGUACAGUCCCUGGUGAUUUUUCUACGUGUAAUCUGAAUUAUGUGGCAUGGAAGAUGUACCGGAUGGGGAGAAUAUCACAUGAUACCAACACUUAUAUGCUCCCAUGAUACCAAUUCAAAAAAUUUAAAUUUAAGUGUGUCAAAAAAUUUCGAAAAAAAUCAUAGAUGUUCUCAACAUAUGUGUCUACAAGCCCUAAAAAAAAUCAGAUCGAAAAUUCGAUAUACAUAUUGAGAAACAAAAAAGACAAAUCUGUUGUGAAUAGUGUAGUUUUUCUACACUAUUCAUGUUUUGUCUUUAUUAACACUAUUCAUGCUGAAUUUGUCUUUUUUGUUUCACAUUAUACAAUUUGAAUUUGGAUCUGAUUUGUUAGGGCUUGUAGACACAUAUGUUGAGAAUAUCUAUGAUUUUUUUCAAAAAUUUUUGACACAUUUAAAUUUGAAUUUUCCAAAUUGGUAUCAUGGGAGCAUAUAAGUGUUGGUAUCAUGUGAUAUUCUCCCGUACCGGAUGCACGCACAUGCAUGCUCUGUUUAUCUACAUGUUAGUUUGGACCGAUUCAUCUAUAUUUCCAUCAGUUGAUCGUAAGCAAUUUUUUUUUUACAUCAAUCGUAAGCAAAUGUUCAAAUCAACAAAGGGGAAAGAACUGAGAUGAGGACUCCAACACACUAAGGCCUCAUGUGGUGCAUCGGGCAAUAGCCGAGAUCCUUGUCAAUUUCUUGGCUAGUUCCCAUGUUUU